AUGAAGGCCAUCAACAGCUUCCAACAAGCACUCGAGGGCAAGAAGGAGGCCGGCAAGGGCACCUUCACCCCCAUCGCACCUCCUAGUCUUCCCCUCGCCGUCAAGGGCCCCUACAUCAGCGCUUGGCUCCCCACAGGCGGCAACCUCAACGCCACGCCUCCCAACGCGGCAGGCAAUGGCGGCCUCCUCGCUGGUCAAGACCCCGCCUUCUGGACCACCGGCUACGGCGCCAAUGGUGACUACCGUCUGGGAUGGCACGGACUCAUUCGCGUAGACAACACGACUUACCAAUGGAUGGGCAACGCCUUUGGCACCACCAUUGCCAAAGGUCCCAAUGCCGAGCAGCUCUCUGCAGAGUACACGGCGACGCGCACCAUCUUCAAGUUCAAUGCCAACGGAGUCCUCUUCACGGUUACCUUCAUGACGCCCGUCUGGCCCAACGACCUCGUCCGCCAGUCGAUUCCGCUCAGCUACUUGCACGUCGAAAUCGACAGCAAGUCGGCGCAAAACCACUACGUGCAGCUCUACGCCGAUAUUGAUGAGAGGUGGGUCACGGCUCACGUUGAGGAGUUCGAGACGUACCCGUAUCACCAGGAGUUCAAAGACUUGAAGGGCGUAGCGCGCUACUAUCUCUCGCGCGACAAGCCCCAGGUCUACACCGAGUUCAGGCAGCGCGCCGAGUGGGGGCAGGUGACUUGGGCCGCUAGGGACAGGCCUGCCAUCUACGCUCGAAACAACAACAACGUUGUCACACAGAAGGAGUUCCUCGACACGGGAAUCCUCACCAAUACCCGCGACCGAGUUGCAGGUGACAACAAUGCCUUUGCCUACGCCGUCGACUUCGACAGCCAUCAGGGCAACUGGGACGCCCUCUUCGCCAUUGGUCAGUUCCGCGACCCCUACGUCAACUACAUUCGCGCCAAAAACCCGGGCACGAACAGCACGAGCAGUUACCAAGAGGACCGCUACGGGCUGUGGGCGGCCAACUUCACCAUGGACGAGGCCACGACCUUCUUCAUUGACGACUUUGAGAACGCUCAGAAGCAAUGCAUCAAGCUCGAUGAGCAGGUUGCGAGCGACUCCAAGGCCGUCGUCGGAGGUGGAGACACGGGCGAUCACUAUGCUGCGAUCACGACCCUCUCUGUUCGCCAGUCGCUCGCUACGCUUGAGCUCACCAUCUCCAAGGACAAGAAGGGCAACUAUAACGCCAAUGACACGCUCAUCUUCCUCAAGGAGAUCAGUAGUAACGGUGACAUGUCGACGGUCGACGUCUUCUUCCCGCAGUUCCCUCUCCUCACAUACCUCAACCCAGAGUUCCUCCGCUUGGUCAUGCUGCCCAUCUUCGAGUACACCGAGAGCGGCCUGUACCCGAACAAGUGGUGUGUGCACGACCUCGGCGUCUACCCCAAUGCAUUCGGGCACAACGACGGUAAUGAUGAGCCCAUGCAGGUCGAGGAGAGUGGCAACAUGAUUCUCAUGACGCUGCACUGGGCUCAACUCGUGGGCAAAAAGGUGGCCGUCCCCUUCCUCCGCAAGCACUACCGCAUCAUGCGCCAAUGGGCCGAGUUCCUCAUCGAGGACUCGCUCAUCCCCUCCUCCCAGCUCUCGACGGACGACUUCGCUGGUGUGCUCGCCAACCAGACCAACCUCGCCAUCAAAGGCAUCGAGGGCAUUGCCGCCAUGGGCGUGAUCGCGGAGUGGAUCGGCGAGACGAAGAAUGCGACCAACUACCGCAACAUUUCGACGGAGUACGUUAAGAAAUGGCAAAAGCUCGCCGUAGACAAGAAGAAGACGCACCUUAAGCUCGCUUACCAGGACGACAAGUCGUGGGGCACGCUCUACAACUUGAUUGGUGAUCGCAUCCUCAACUUGCAGCUGGUGCCCAAGUCGGUGUACGACCUGCAGGACAAGUACUACCCAACCGUGGCACAGAAGUACGGCGUCCCUCUCGACUCGCGCCACAACUGGACCAAGUCUGACUGGGAGAUGUGGGCCUCUAGCAUUGCCACCUCAGACAAGACGCGCAACCUCUUCAUCGACCGGCUGUUCAAUUUCUACUCGGACGCACAGACUGACGCCCCCAUGACGGACCUGUACGAGUCGACUACGGGCGACUUCCCCAAGCAGCCAUUCGACCCUUUGAUCUACUUCAUUGCUCGUCCAGUGGUCGGUGGUCAUUUCAUGCACCUGGCGAUACAGAAGGCGGACAAGGCCAACAAGAUCAGUUCGUCCAAUCCCUACAAGUACGGGCCAAAGAGCAACGACGUACUCGGCGGCGGAGCCAACGUGACCGGGACCGACCUGGCGCUCAGUCAAGACGAACUCUUCAAGAAGGAGUCCGCCAAGCCCAAGCCCAACGACGCCGCUGUUCAAGCCAAGCUGAAGCACUGGGAUGAGCACAAGAACGAUGCUCCUCCGAGCUCUCCGCCUUCGAAGCAGAAGGUCUUGGACGCCCACAAGACGAAGCAGAGGGCCAGCCUCUCCCAGCAGCUCUUUAGCGUGCCGAGGAGCGGCGAAGACUGCGAAGGCGUGGCGUGCUGGGAGCCUUUGAAGGCUAUGGGGUUCAAGAAGAAGCAUAGCAAGGGGCCCGAUGAGUAG